GAUCCAAAUUACAGAAAGACCUCUUAUCCAGAAAACUCCAGGUCCUGAGCAUUCCGGAUAACAGGUCCCAUACCUGUAUUGGUUAAACUAGACCCCUAAGAUAAAUCUGAGGUUCCAGUGACAUCUAAUUACUGCACUGAUUAUUAGUCAGAUUGGUACAACGAAGUGCUUACCUAGGUUCUAGGUUGGUCAGUUACUCGAUACAAAAUUUGGCCUAGGUUUAAAUUCUAGUAAAUCCGCUAUAAUGUGGUUAUAACUGGAGUUUUUUUGGUGUAACUGCUCUGCAUGGGGUCACACGUGCACAGACGGCCAAAAUCUCAUUCAGAAAUUGGUCCAACCAUUGAAAUAUUGCAGAGUGCUUUGUAUUAAAGAUAACACUAAAACACAAUGACUUCUUUCCCAUGGCAUAGUCAUUCCCCAUUGUUUCUCUUGUUCAUCACUAACUAGUGAAUGUGUCCUCUCCUUGUACUCACAGGUUUACCCCCCUACAGAAUAUGGUGGCCUCUUAUUCUUCAUUUAAUUCUUGUCAUUUGGGAGUCUCCUAAUGCUGAAAGCAGCCCAGUGUUCUCCAGCAAACAGGAGGCCAAUCAUGUGCUGAAAGUUCGGAAGCGUGCUUUUAACUUCAUGGAGGAGCUAAAGCCGGGAUCCCUGGAACGUGAGUGCAUAGAGGAGACGUGCAAUUUCGAGGAGGCCUAUGAAAUUUUUGAGAAUAACGAGGACACACUCAAAUUUUGGACAACAUAUGUUGAUGGGGAUCAGUGCCAGUCCAAUCCAUGUAUCAAUGCUGAGUGCAAGGACGGGAUUGGAAGAUUUGACUGCAUCUGUAAUGAGGGCUGGGAAGGACGCCUGUGUGGCUAUGAGGUUGUGUAUUCCAACUGCUCAUUGAAUAAUGGCGGAUGUACCCACUUCUGCACUGAGGCAGUGAAUAGCACGAGACGUGUGUGCAGCUGUGCCACAGGUUACAUGUUACAUGAUGACCAGAACACGUGCCAACCAGCAGUGGAAUUCCCCUGUGGGAAACUGAAAAUCGUAGACUAUGAAUUUUCUGCCCGUCUCACUGGCGCAAAGCCAGGACGCAAAGGGGAUGCUCCUUGGCAGGCCAUGUUACGUUAUGAGAAGAAGCUUAAAUGUGGAGGGGUCCUGAUUCAUCCUUCCUGGGUUCUGACUGCAGCCCAUUGUGUUCAACAUGCUGGAAAGUACACUGUCCGACUUGGCGAAUAUGACAUCCGAAAGUUGGAGGAUACAGAGCAGCAGUUUGCUGUGGCUAAGAUCAUUUCCCAUCCUGCGUAUCAAAGGGACACCAGCGAUAAUGAUAUCGCCCUAGUGCGUCUUGUACAGCCAGUUGUCUAUAACAAAUAUAUUCUGCCCAUAUGUCUACCCAGUCUGGACCUUGCUGAAAGUAAACUGAUGGUGAAUGACACUAAAGUUGUGGUUACCGGCUGGGGGAGAGAAGAUGAAAAGGCCCUAAACUUUUCAAGUGUACUCAAAUACAUUGAGAUCCCCAUUGCUUCUCUUAAUGAAUGUGCUGAGACCCUGAAUGAUGGAGUGUCUGACAAUAUGCUGUGUGCCGGACAGCUAGGACACAUACAAGACGCCUGCUAUGGUGACAGUGGUGGGCCUAUGGUCACUCCGUUUGGAGGAUCAUGGUUUCUGGUGGGGCUGGUUAGCUGGGGGGAAGGCUGUGGGAGAAUUAAUAAUUUUGGUGUUUAUACCAAAGUCAGCCGUUAUCUGGACUGGGUUACACAAAAGAUGGCGGAGUAUGAAGAGGCCCGGCGUCUUGCUGAGGUAUCCAAGAUAGAAAAGCAGAAUGCCAAGAAAUCCUGGAAAGUCCGACCUUAACUUAGGAGCAAACAAUAUGGCAACCUAAAAUUUAAAUGUAUGUUUUCAUGCCCUGUAUCACCUUUCUUGUCAAAUUUAAAGGUGAAAUAAAGCCCAACUAAAGAA